AUGCUUAUUGCGCCGCAGGUGCUGCAAGUGGUGCUGAGCAUCCGACAGCUGUCACCUCGGCUGGAGUUCUUCCGUACCCAGGCAGCAGCGGCCGACAUACAGCCGGGAUCCUGCUGUUUUGUGGAUAUCGGGGGGGCAAGCGUGUCAGCGGAAGAGGAGCUGAUCAAGAAGCUGGCGGAAGUUGGCGAGGGUGACUAUGCCGUGCCAGAUCAGGCGCAACUACAGCCAUUCGACCACGUCCUUGCGCCGGCCGGCGCGGCCGUAGCGACCGUAAAUACGGAGCUGCGCCGCGCGACGGCUGUGGUCCUCUAUGGCGCCAUCGGCACCAAGUGCUUCCGGCGCAUGCAUGCGCUCAUCCUCUCCGCUGCAGAGAAAGGAGCUGGGAAGCUGGUGUACGUGUACCGGCCGGUGCUGGCGGAGGGCUGUUUGGCCGGGGAGAGCUGUGUGGGCCUGGGCAGCGGAGGCGGCCUGCCUCUGCCCGGCUUUGGCGUGGAGCUGGCCAUCAAGAACAUGGAGUACAGCGCCCUUGACGACUCCAAGGUGGAAGCCGAGAAGGAGGCGGCAAAGGAGGCAGGGGAGGAGGAUGAGGGCCCGCUGGAAGUUGAGGGGUUCCUGUUCAAGCGCCUAAUCGAGCGGCGGCCGGAGGCGCACCAGGCGCUGCUCAGCUUCCGCGACCACCUUCUUGCCAGCUCCUCCGACAACGAGGCCCUCAAGGCAGGGCACAGCUUAGCUCCUGCUGACCGGGCUGUCUACUGCCGUAGGAAACCAGGGCAUGAGAACGUGCUGGUGUGGGACAUGAAGGAGCUGGGCCUGCAGGCAGCGGCUCGCAUAGCGGCGUCGAGCGAGCCGUUACGGGCGCUGACGCAGAUGGCGCAGAAUUUCCCCAACCUGGCCGCAGCGCUCUCGCGCGUGUCUGUUCCCAAGGCCCUGCGCUCCGAGCUCAAGAAACUGCACCGCGUUCUGCAGGGAGGCUCCAGCUUCAUGCUGGUGAAUGGUAUCCCCACAGACAUUGGCACCUUUGAUCUCUACACCCUCAUGGAGCAGAUAAGGAAGGAGGUGCGGCUGAUGGACAAGCUGAAGGAGACAGGCCUGCAGCCGGCAGACAUCACUGCUCUGGUGCAGCUGCGCUCCGAGAUGAAGGAGGUUGCCGCGGAGGACCUGCGCAUCGACCUGCGCUCGAGUGAAGCCAUCCGAUGGCUGAAUGACAUUGAGAGCGGGCGCCAGUAUUGGCACUGGGGCCAGCAACUGGCGUCGCUGCUGCAGCCCAUGUUCCCGGGGCAGCUGCACCGCGUGCAGCGCAAUUUAUAUUCUGCCGUCGGCCUCAUCGACCCCGGCAGCGCCCAGGGCCUCCAGGUGGCCGGCGUGCUGCUGGAGCUGUUCUCUGCCACCUGGCCGGUCCGCUGUGGCGCCAUCCUGCUGCCACCAGACACAAUCCAGCGCGUCAAGCAGUCAGGAGCUGAGGUGGCGGCCAGCGCGGCAUGGGAGGACCUCUCAGCAUCGGAGCGGGCUGCGCUAGCGUACAUCUACUUGGAGAACGCGGCCGGCGCGCCGGCUGCCUUCAAAUUCCUGUCAAGGGCCCGUGCAGAGCAUUUGAUGGGGGAGGAUGCGGGGGACGCGCUGAGCUGGACGUCGGUGGAAGAGGCGUUCCUGGCGGCCUGGGGGGACCUGCCAGACACCCGUAACCGUGACCUCACACCCGCCGCAGCACUGCAGGAGCUGAGCGAGGGGCCCAAGGAAGUGAUGGAAGAGCUGGUGAAGGGCGUUGCCUUUACCAUUAGUAAGGGGGUGGCGGGGGUGGGGACAGCUGUCUGGGUGAAUGGGCUGCUUGUCACGUCCAGCGAGGGCGUUCCCUGGGAGCAGAUGAUCCCCUACCAGCUGCAGGUCGAGCAGCAGAGGCUCCAGGAGCAAAUAUACUUUGGCCGGAUCCAAGACAGCGACGAAGACAUUCUGGAGGCGAUCUUGCGCGUCUUCAAUGCUGCGCCAAAGUACAACCCAACCCUGCUGCAGUCUGACUCCGACGGAGCGGCUAAAUCACCAAAGCAGGUGGCACUGGUGGGGCCAGAUUUGAGUCCCAUGCAGGAGCCAUGGUCUCAGCUGGGGUACCUCCACCACGCCUCCACCCAGGACGAAGUCAAGGGCAUCACCCACUGGCUUGCGGGGCAUAAAUUAGUCCUGGGGGCGUUGGGUCAUCUGGAGGCUGAGUCCUCCCAGGGCGCCAGGGUGGCGCUGGUGCACAACCCCGCUGAUGUCACUGCUGACAUCAGCGUGCUCGCUCGCGCUGUGACGGCUGCUUCCCGGCUGCAGAGCCGCCGGCCCAAGAUUCUCCCCUUCUUGAAAAGCUUGCUGGAGUCCCACGCAGGGGUGGGGAGUGUGGAGGAGGUUGUGGCGCUGGCAAAGGACGCAGGCCUGAACGAGAAGGCGCUAGAAGCUGACCUGACCGCCAGCGAAGCAGCCGCCGCCAGGCUGGCGGAGGCUUGCAGGAAGGCGCUGGGGCUGCAGGCUGGUGCGGCGGCAGUGGUGACUAACGGGCGAGUCGUGCCGCUCGCUAAUGCUGACUCGCUGGUGACGGAGGACUUUGGGCUGCUGACGCUGUAUGCAGACGCGGCCCAGGUCGCCAAGCAGGUGGCGGCUGCAGUGAUGACAGCGCAGGCGGAGGGGCGCACAGUCAGCGCUGAGUCAGCGGGCGCUGACGGGGACGGCGCUGACGAGGCGGAGGAGUGGACGUCCGAUCAGCUGAGCAACGCAGCUGCCGUGGCCUCGUCCGUGCUUGCUCAGCACGGAGCCGUGCAGCAGGGGGCAGGAAAGACGGCCAAGCUUAUAGCGGCGCUGCGGGGCUUGUCACCGCAGGUGAGCAACAUCACGGUUGAAGGAGCGGGCGUUGCAGUGGAGAUUUGGGCUGUGUUGGAUCCGCUGUCCAAGACCGCGCAGCGAGUGGCGCCCGUUCUCCAAUUCCUGGCCGACACGCUGCAGCCGAGCAUCAAGGCAAGUUUGGUCUUCCUGAACCCACAGGCAGAGCUGUCGGACUUGCCGCUCAAGUCAUUCUACAGAUAUUCCUUGCCCGACAUCUCUGCCUCAGGUGAGGGGCGCCUAUCGCAGCCCGGCCUGCCCGCGGCGGUGUUUACGGGGCUGCCGAGCGGGCGCAUUCUGACGCUGAACAUGGACGUCCCUGAGGCGUGGCUGGUGGAGCCUGUGCGCGCUGACCUGGACCUGGACAACCUGCGGCUCGCUGACCUCGGCGCCGCACCCUCCCUGCAGGCGGAGUUUGAGCUGGAGGCUCUGCUGCUGACUGGAUCCUGCGUGGACAUCGCUGCGCGCAGCCGGGAACAGAUGACGCCAAGGGGUGUGCAGCUGGUUUUGGGAACGCCCCAGCAGCCCGCGCUGGUGGACACCAUAGUCAUGUCCAACCUGGGCUACUUCCAGCUGAAGGCGGCCCCCGGCGCCUUUGACCUGCAGCUGGCGCCCGGCCGCUCGCGCUCCCUCUACCUUGUCGACAACAGCACUGCCGGCGUGCUCGCACAGGAAGCUGGAGAGGAGGGUGCGAUCAGCACGGGGGUGUCGAUAGACAGCUUGGGAGGGCGCACGAUGCGGCUCAACCUGCGUAAGCGCCCAGGAUUCGAGGGCGAAGAUGUACUGGGCACCGGCAGCGAGGGUGAGACAGGAUCGGUGUGGGGCAAGGUGUCAUCGUGGCUGGCGCCGGGCAGCAAGGGCAGCCCGGGCCGGGCAGGUGGGCUGUCGGCAGAGGAGGACCCAGACUGCAUCCACAUCUUCACUGUGUCGAGCGGCCACAUGUACGAGCGCCUGCAGAAGAUCAUGGUGCUCUCUGUGCUGCGAACCACCAAGGCGCGGGUGAAGUUCUGGUUCAUAAAGAACUACAUGUCGCCGCAGAUGAAACGCUUCCUGCCUCGCAUGGCCGCCCACUACAGCUUUGACUACGAGUUUGUCACCUACAAGUGGCCCUCCUGGCUGCACAAGCAGACGGAGAAGCAGCGCAUAAUCUGGGCGUACAAGAUCCUGUUCCUGGAUGUGCUGUUCCCUCUCUCCCUGCGCAAGGUCAUCUUUGUGGACUCCGACCAAAUCGUGCGCGCAGACUUCGCCGAGCUCUGGAACAUGGACCUCAAGGCACGUCUCUUCUCUGCAUUCCAUGGCGCUCCGUUGGCAUACACGCCGUUCUGCGACAACAACCGGGAGAUGGAGGGGUUCCGGUUCUGGAAGCAGGGCUUCUGGAAGGACCAUCUGCGCGGACGCCCCUACCACAUCUCUGCCCUCUACGUCGUCGAUCUAGUGCGCUUCAGGCAGAGUGCGGCGGGCGAUCAGCUUCGGGUGGUGUAUGACCAGCUCAGCCGCGACCCUGCCAGCCUGUCAAAUCUGGACCAGGACCUGCCCAACUACGCGCAGCACCAAGUCCCCAUCUUCUCACUGCCCCAGGAGUGGCUGUGGUGCGAGACGUGGUGCGGCAACGCAACCAAGAAGUACGCCAAGACGAUCGACCUGUGCAACAACCCGCUGACCAAGGAGCCCAAGCUGGACAGCGCCCGCCGCAUCGUCGCCGAAUGGCCGGGCCUCGACGAAGAAGUUGCCACCUUCACAGCCGAGGUUGAGGCAGAUCUGGCAGCGGAGGCUGUGGCAGGCGGGGAGGCGGCUGACUCACCAGAGCAGCCGGCCAAAGUUGGAGGGGAUAUCAUACAGCAUCAUGACGAGGAGGACCAUGGGAGAGAGGCUGGAGGGGAGAAGGGGAGUGGAAGCGCGUCUGAGGGGCACGAUGCGUCAGAAUUGUGAUCAUAGGCGCCAUUGCUCAUAGUUCGCCCUCAAUGAGCCUGGUUUUGACAAAACGCAGACAGUCUGCCCUGCGAAAGAAGUAUCUGCACUGCCGUGCUUUGAAUGGCCUGCUCUUACAGCUGGAGUCACAUAAGAUGACACAGUUGUGACAGGUGCCGCAGCUGUUGCACUCCUGCAGCAAACCAAGGUGGUUGAGUGGCAGUUGCAGUGAUCUCUGGUCUGGAUAUCACCAUACUUAGACCAGCGUAACAGUGAACAAGCCAAUCGUAGGAUCAAAUCGUACCAAGUAUGGCGCAGACUGCCGUUUACUCCGAGUCUUCAAGCCUCACAAGUUGUGUAAAAUUCCAGAUG